CUCCUCUACCUGCAAAACAACACAGGCUGAGACACCCUGGAAGGCUCAGCCCGUGGAGUAGUUUAACUUUUGAUCUUCUAUAGAUUGCAUUCUCCGGUUCCUAAGAGACUUAUUAGCUUAUCUUCACACACACACACACACACACACACACACACACACACACACACACACACACACACCACUCUACAAAGAGGAAGAAAAAGAAGGAGAACAGGAGGAGGAGGGGAGAAGUCUUGCAUCCUAUGCUGUAGAGGACCUCAGAAUCCUGACACCUCUGAAGAAACUUCCAGCAACGUUCACCUGUAAUUUCAGAAAUGGUGAAUGAAUACAAGAAAAUUGUUCUUCUGACAGGACUAAUGGGUAUCAGUGACCAUGAUUUUAAAAUGGUUAAGUCCUUGUUGAGCAAAGAACUAAAACUAAAUAGAAAAAUGCAAGAUGAUUAUGACAGAGUUAAGAUUGCUGACUUGAUGGAAGAAAUGUUCCCAAAAGAUGUUGGAAUGCACCAACUGAUAGAACUGUAUAAAGAGAUGCCAGGACUUGGAGACCUUGCUGAUAAACUCAAAAAAGAGAAGGCAAAAGUUAAAAGGAAACAGAUGGAGAGAGGCAACACUACAUCAAGAAGACUCAGGCGAGAUGAACCCAGUUCUUCCCAACCUAUGUCCACCAUAAAUGAAGAUUUGGAACCAGAAUCAGGCAGGAGUACACUGAACUCACAGGUUCCUCGGUUAUCUACAGCAACUGCUUCUAACAGGGACCAAGCCACUCAAGUGUCUCCAGAAAUAUCAUUUAGAGCCCAGGCCCACCAAGUGUCUCUAGCAACAGCAUCCAGCCAUGCCCAAGCCUCUGGAAUGUCUCCAGCAACAAGAUCCAGUGGUGUCCAGGUCCCUGGUGUGUCUGUAACAACAGCAUCCAGCAGUGCCCACGUCCCUGGAGUGUCUGCAGCAGCAGCGUUCAGCAGUUCCCAGGCCCCCAGAAUGUUUCUAUCAAUACCACCCAAGAAACCAAGAAUGAAGACUGUUCCUACUCAACCUUCUGAGGUAGAUGGUCACCACCAAGGUCCCAAACAAGUGAUGGUGUUAAAAGCAACAAAACCAUUUACAUAUGACAGUAAAGGCGAGAGAAGUAUGUUCCAUGCCACAGUGGCCACGGAGACUGAAUUCUUUAGAGUGAAGGUGUUUGAUAUUUUCCUGAGGGAGAAGUUCAUACAAAACAAGGUCAUUACCAUCUCAGAUUAUGUCGGUCGCAAUGGGUUCAUAAAUAUUUACAGUGCCUCCAGUGUGUCAGAGGUAAAUAGUAACCAAUCAAUGAAUAUCUCAACUACACUGAGGCAAAGAGCCAAUGCAACACCUAAAAUCAACUAUCUUUGCUCAAAAAGAAGAGGAAUAUUUGUGAAUGGAAUCUUUAAGGUAUAUAAGAAAAAUGAGAAUAAGGACAGCAUUUUCUAUGAAAUCCAAGAUAAUACAGGGAUGAUGGAGGUGGUGGUCUGUGGACGACUGACCAGUGUUGACUGUAACCCAGGAGAUAAACUUAAACUCCUGUGCUUUGAAUUGACAUCAGAUGAGGAUAAAGUGCAGCUGAGAUCUACCAGGCACAGUAACAUGAAGGUCAUCAAGGGUAGGAAUUGAGAAACAACUGCUCUAUCCUGCUUCAGUUAUGAGACUUCAUGAAUUCUCAUUAUGGAGACUUGGACACCUCUGAUGCUUGUAGUGAUAAGAUCCAGUUCCAACUACAGAAAAAGGUCAUGGGUAUAACAGAUAGAGGUCACUUCUUUGCUCUAGGAACUGGUGAUUUUAAUCUUUCUAUACUUUUCGUAUUUUAAUUAUGUGAUUUGAUUUUAUAAUGCUUAUACUUUGAAAGGAAAAACAUUUUAAUCUGAAUCAAGUACUUCUACAAAUUCUUCCAGUUGUUACUUGCUUUAAAACUGGGUCUGCACACCAGACGGUGAUAAGAUAUCGUUUAUGAUUUCUUAAAGCUUACCUGAGGAUUCAGAAAGCAAAGGAGCCAGCAACUAGCUCUCACCUCUAGCUCAGGCUGAAAGAGAUGAUCCGCACAUGAGUUCUUCACCAACUCUCAAAUUGCUGCCUGUCUUUAGUAUGGCUGGAGAAUGAAUGCCUCUCUGAGACCUUGCAUCUGUCCUAUAUACUUCCCUAAUGUUGAGAUUAAAGGUAUGAGCUAUAA